AUGUGGGCGUCGGCACAGGUUCAGAGACAACUGCCGUCGACGCGAGCAGCAGGGAAGGGGGCAGUAGUAGGGAAGGGAGCAGCAGCUGGGAAGGGGGCAGCAGCAGGGAAGUGGGCAGCAGCAGGGAAGUGGGCAGCAGCAGGGAAGUGGGCAGCAGCAGGGAAGUGGGCAGCAGCAGGGAAGUGGGCAGCAGCAGGGACAUGUGCAGCAGCAGGGAAGUGGGCAGGGGCAGGGAAGUGGGCAGCAGCAGGGAAGGGGGCAGCAGCAGGGAAGGGGGCAGCAGCAGGGAAGGGAGCAGCAGCAGGGAAGUGGGCAGGGGCAGGGAAGUGGGCAGCAGCAGGGAAGUGGGCAGCAGCAGGGAAGUGGGCAGCAGCAGGGAAGGGAGCAGCAGCAGGGACAUGUGCAACAGCAGGGAAGUGGGCAGCAGCAGGGAAGUGGGCAGCAGCAGGGACAUGCGCAGCAGAAGGGAAGUGGGCAGGGGCAGGGAAGUGGGCAGCAGCAGGGAAGGAGGCAGCAGCAGGGACAUGGGCAGCAGCAUGGACUAGUGGGGUUGCACUCGGGAGAUUUGAUGGGGCGGGAAAGUGUGGAGGGGCAACAAGAACACUCGGAGAGUGUUCCAAUGCACCGUGA